AGUAAUUUCAUUGAUAAAUUUAGUUUCGCCAUGUUGGUUUCUAUAGGGUUUGUUUGAAACGCGGUCUGUCGUCUGCAAAGUAUUAGCGUCCGUGCAAAAGUGUCCAUUUUCACCGCAAUUUUAUCGUGGCACAAGGCAAGACAUUACUGUCAGUUCAUUUUUCUCCGACCUCAAAACAUUUCUAAAUCUAUUCUGUCGCAAUGUGUGGACGGACUGCCUGUGCGUUGGAUCCAGAGACAGUUUGUAAAGCAACUAGCUUCAAAGAUUCAAAAUCUGGAAAAUUUUUAAAGCCUGAGUGGAAAGACUCUUUAUCUGGAAUGGACUAUAGACCAUCUGUGAAUCUGGCCCCAACUGACAUAACUCCUGUUCUCGUCAACGCUUCACAUUUUGAUCACAAAGAUAAUGAGCCUGUCAUCUAUCCUAUGAUGUGGGGAAUGAUUCCACCAUGGCAUAAGGGAGAUAUUAAGUCACAUGGUUUGUCUACAAACAACUGUCGCUUGGAGAACAUGAACGGCUCAAAGCUUUAUUCGCCUGCAUUUUCUAAUGGCAGGAGAUGCGUUGUUUUGUGUGAAGGAUUUUAUGAGUGGCAAACUACAAAAAAGGAAUCUUCAGUAAAACAACCGUAUUACAUUUAUGCACCACAGAAUGAUGAGGUCAAAGUUGAAGACCCAGGCAGUUGGGAUGGUGAGUGGAGUGAAACUGAAGGGUGGAAAGGCCCAAAGCUACUGAAAAUGGCAGGACUUUUCAGCUGCUGGACAUCGUCAGAGGGGAAACCAAUUUACAGUUAUUCAGUAAUCACUAUGGAGGCCAAUGCCACCUUUUCCUGGUUGCACCAUCGAAUGCCAGCCAUCCUAAACUCUGAUGAAGAAGUGAUGGACUGGAUUGACUGUGGGCGAGUGCCAUCUCAUAAAGCACUGCAGCUUUUAAAGCCAGUGGAUAGUUUGUCUUGGCACCCUGUCAGCACUGCAGUAAACAAUUCUAGAAACAAAUCGGAUGUUUGCAACAAACCAGUGGAUUUGAAGAAACCAAAACCAGCAAAUCCUUUAAUGAUGAACUGGCUGAAAAAAGCAAAUAAGCCCCAACCAUGCGAAAGUGAUGAUACACUACCGGAGGCAAAGAGAUUGAAAAAGGAAACUGAUUGAAUUGAUUUGUCAACCCAGCAAUAAAAAAUGUCAUUCCUAUGAUCUGUUUCCAAUACAGGUAAAUGAUUGUGAUUCUUCUUUCUCAGUAUAAUUAAGAUUUACAUAGGCAUCACCUAUCUUAUUCUUUAUAAUGGUUUUUUUUAUGGAUAAAGAUUUUUCAAGAACAAA